CCGGGACUAUAGGCUAUCAGGUCUUCAUUAUUUCUGUAAAAUGCGUUAGGACACGAUUGGUCUGUCAUUCAUCUGUUUAUUGAAGUCAUACGGGGCGAUUAAAUAUAAGUUCAGGUGUAGGAACCGAAGGCCCAGGUAACGCUCAAGAUGCCAGAGCAGAGUAACGACUACCGCGUGGUGGUGUUCGGGGCCGGCGGCGUCGGCAAGAGCUCUCUGGUACUGCGCUUCGUCAAGGGGACCUUCCGAGACACCUACAUCCCCACGGUGGAGGACACGUACAGGCAGGUGAUCAGCUGCGACAAGAGCGUCUGCACCCUCCAGAUCACCGACACCACCGGCAGCCACCAGUUCCCCGCCAUGCAGCGCCUCUCCAUCUCCAAGGGCCACGCCUUCAUCCUGGUCUACUCCAUCACCAGCAAGCAGUCGCUGGAGGAGCUCAAGCCCAUCUACCAGCAGGUGCUGGCCAUCAAGGGCAACGUGGAGAGCAUCCCCAUCAUGCUGGUGGGCAACAAGAUCGACGAGCCCCAGCGCGAGGUGGAGACCAAGGACGGCGAGGCCCAGGCCACCUCCUGGAAGUGUGCCUUCAUGGAGACCUCGGCCAAGACCAACCACAACGUCACGGAGCUCUUCCAGGAGCUGCUCAACCUGGACAAGAAGAGGAACAUGAGCCUGAACAUUGACGGCAAGCGGUCUGGCAAGCAGUCGCGAGCUGACAAGCUCAAGGGCAAAUGCAGCGUCAUGUAGACAGAUGAGAGCUGGGGAUCGCAAGGGGAACGCUAAUGGCUAAUGGCAGAGACUGGAACCAACAAAGCGAGAAGAACGUCAGCCUCACAGGAAGAGGGAUGAGGAAGUGAAUGGUUCACCAUGGUUGGGGACCUUGUUUGUCGUCAGUCUAGCCCCACUCAUCCGAAUGGCAAGCAUCCCUUUCCCUCUCCCCACUGUGCAUUCACCCAGCCAUCUUUCUCCAUCUCUCCUUAAGGGGGCCCACCGCCUGUUUAAACUCACACAGGUACACAUGUACAUGCUCUUCCAAAGCCAUAUCAUUCUUAUUGCCUUGUCUGUGUAAACUACUGUAUGUAAAGCAACUAAACCUUCCUCAUGGUUUUGGGUAGAAUAGAAUUUCAACUCACCCCCCGCCCCCCUCCCAUAUCUCCCCCUCCCACCGGAAAGGAAUACAUGGAAGAUCCAUUCAACCGAGAUGUAAUGCCAUGGGCCUCCGUUUUGUCAGGAUGUCUAUGCUGGGAUGAGACUGGUUACAUUAUGCAAAUUUUGUUUGAACUCAUAACUGCUUAGAAACCCAACUGCACAAGCAACAUUUUGUGCAGUUGGGUUUCCACGCUGUCAUUCAGGCUCUGUGGCACAGACAUCAUUGCAGGAUGGGUUUCUGAAACUCCAUGAAAGUUUCCCUAAGAGGGACGAACAGAGAAGAUGAAAGGGCAUCCAGCAGAAAUGCACUUGUGUUUUAUUUUUGAUUUUUUUGCCUUUCACAUCUUGCAAAAAUAUUUUAAAAUGUUCACAACAGGUUUUUUGAAAUUCAAAGCACAAUGACAAAAAGAUCACGCGUAAGAUUUUGAAUAUUAUAGCAACCUAACUCUUAUUGGUAGAUUCGAUAAAAGGAUAAUUUCCUUUAUCUGUUGGCCUAAGAGUUCCACAAUUCCAUUUCAUGAGUGUAGACAGAAAUAUUUAUGACAAUCAUUUCAUUCAAGUAUAGAAGAUAACACGUCUAUCUGCAUGGUUUUCAUGUUAGAGAUAACAAUAAGAUAGUGCAAAUACUGCAAUUAGAGUAGGAUUAUAAAUGUGUCCAAAAAUGUCCAAGCUUAAGGAAAAUUCUUCAGACUUGCUGAUCUCUCCUUCUUUGUGCUUUUUAACAUAAACUCGUCACUGCUUCUAUUCAUUCUACGCCCAGUUUACUAAUGUUUGUUUUGACAGUAUUGUAACCUUUUAUAGUGUUCCCUAGCCUGUAUUUAACUGUGCAGUCAUGUUUGACUGAAAUCCUCAGGAUCCAGGACCAUUAUUGCUGUUAGACCCUUCUUCACUCAAGUUCAGUGGUAUCAUUUUGGGAAAAAAAGAAUAGUACAAAACAAAGUUUGCUUGGAACAAAAAACACUUUACAUAAUUAUUGGACAUGUUGUCUUAGGCUUGGACAGCAGGUCAGUCUAUGCCCAUUGGGCCACACUCUCACUCUAACCACUAUUACAGGCUUGUAAUUUGUCAGGCAGUUAGUUUCCAUCUCAUGAUUGCGAUGGUAGAUAUCAUACAGACAGGAUACAGGAUACACAGUGCCCAGAAUGAAUUGGACUUUGUUCUUGGCUUGUGUCAGACCAAUUCAUCAGAUUUGGCCAGUAUGUAAUAAUAGACCAUGUGUUGCAAACAGGUACAUCUAGAUUAUUUACUGCUUGUCAACUAGUGCUUGCCCCGACAGAGAACAUCAUUACCUUUUGCGAGAAAGAAAAAUGACUUAGAAUUUUUUCAAAAAUAUCUCAAAAUAGCAAAACACUGGUUUGUGUGAACUAACAAACACCCGUCCAGAUCAUUUGGCAGACUGAGCUCUAUUUAUUACCUAUUUAUUCAAAUUUAUGUUGCACAAGGUUCUAUAGAGUCAGGACUGAAGUGGAGAGACAGACUCCAUGACGUCCCUGUCCUGAAACAGAUGGGCUCAGUUCACCAUGCAGAUUGUGUGUCCCAGAUGACUAAUGAGCCAGUACCUGGGCAGAAUUCCUAACCUGUUUCAAAUUCAGUGUGAGAAUUUGCUCGCAUUGCACUUUAUUUCAGUCAAACUCUUGAGAGGCUGAACGUUGUUCGUCUCUCUGUGUUGUGUUGUUGUCUUGUUGUGUUUGAUCAGAGGGUGAUGGCCUGGCUGGACACAAUGCAUUUGUUGAACAAAAUGGCCCCUGUCAUUUUACCCAGAGUAGGAUGGUGAUAUGUUUCAGCACUAAGUCAAAAGCACAAGACUAUCUAUUUAUUUAUUUAUUUGUUUGUUUCUUUGUUUCUUUCUCUUGCUUGGCUGAUGUGACCAACAGGGUAUCGUGAUAACGGAGAGAUCUUACAUGUUUUAAUGGCACCUUUUAAAAAAUAAUGUUUCUUUUUGUUUGUUUUUAACUAUGAGAUGCAAUUAGAUAUUGUUGUGUUACGGCUUCAGUCAGUGUGUCAAAUGAUUAAAAAUACCAAACAAAUCUGAUGCUAUACGUGUUCGUUCUGAUGCCGAAGAGAAGCACACUACUAUUUUUUAAACCAAUUUCCCCUGGCGCUGUCAUUGUAUACUCAUUUAAUACAAAACAACUGGGCACUUUACUAGAUUCUAAUUAAUGCCACUGUAUAUUGACCUCAGUGUGUAAAAUAGGUUGGUGGAAAAAGGUACAAUGAAGUACCCUCAUGUGUAAAAUUGAUAUCUGUCAAGUUCUAUUCUGUGUAAUCGUACGGUAGUGCAAAUUGAAUUUUCUUGUUUGGAAAAUCAUUCAGAAGCAAAAGUAAUAUACAGUACAACAUGCUAUUGUGCUGUGUCAACGUAUCUCUGUGUCACAAUGUUUUUUUGCCAUCGACAUUUUAUGUACUGAAUCCUGUAACAUAAUGUACGGAGCUAUUUUAUUUUGACAGGCCGGUCAUGUGAAUUUGUGCAAAAGUACUUUUUUUUCUCACUGAAAUCUCAUGUACAAAGUCAGUGUAGAAUUCACUCUCCAUACAAUCAAUUUUGCAGUAAUGGUAUACACUGCAUCUCAGAUGAGAAGCAGAGAUGAUUAUGGCAAAUACCAAUGUAAACAUUGUGUACAAGGCAAAAACCAAGCAUAGAGCAAUGUUAAUGCCAAAUAUAAUACUAUUAUAAUGAGAUAGCCAAGGAGUGAGAUAGCUGCUCCCUCUUGGGCCAGAUAUGGCCUGAAGCUGGUCUGGGUGUGGAACAGCGACAGAUGCUCUCUAGGGUAAACUCAUGCAGUUUCAAUCUCUAAAUGCAUUCGUGAGAUGCACAAUAUGGUCAUUGCUAAGACAUUUGGAACUAUUUGCUCUGAUCCUGUGGAUUCAUAUGAAGUUGUAGAGGUAACAGCUACUGUCCACCCUGUUGAAACAUAUGUUUAAAUGUGUUCGUCUGUGGCUGUUUUUUAUUGUAUGUUUAGCAUGUCAUUCAGCAGGAUGUUGAUUCUGAUAGUUCUACUUUAAUGGUGCUAUGAGUGAAGAAGUCGUCACCUUGCAGACACAUCUGGUGAUAUUGGUUGUACUCCACAAGGUUUUAUGCAAAAAUAUUAUUGUGCAACCAAACCCUCUCCUGAGUCCUCCAGUCCUUUAAUUCUAAUCCUGCACAGCCAUGUCUCCAGUGUAAGCCAAAGUGAAAAUGAAUGAAUUUGAUAAUAUACAUUACUGUGAAUCCGGACUAGCCUUCCUCCACUUGCUCUCUUUGACUCCCACGUGAGUCAUGUGGAAUUGCCCAGGUUGUAGCUCGCUCUGGAGACGGCUCUGGCUCAGAUCUUAGCCCAGAGCCGGCGCCUUCCUGGGCCCCUUGCCACUGUGAGAUGUGAGAGCGCCUCAGUAUCCGCUUCCCGUAGAAUCCCCAUGCAGCUCUGAGCGAGUGCGCGAGUGAGUCAUCCUCGAAAUGCCUCCGGAGAUGAUGGAAGGCUCAGGAUCAGGGGGUGGAAUGCGCUCGGCAAGAUGCAAACGUGUCGUGGGAGGGGAGUCGCACAAGCGCCGUUGUCAAUUUCACGCUCAUUUGGACGCACCAGCUUAUUCAGACAACACUCGACAACAAGGACUGACACAGUUAUCACCAAACUUUCACUCUUGGGUUUGGUGGCAGUGGAGAUGUGCGCCACUGAUUCGACUGGGGGACAUGGGAGUCUCGCCACCCCCUACAUCUCUCAUGCCCUCCGGCGGCAAUCCCAUUGGCUUUUACAUGGCAAAAAGUGUCUGCAAUUUCCAAUCCUCCACUUCCCUUUAGGCCGUGGCCAGUCUGGUGGAGAGGUAGAGAGCUAAGUCACAAGACAAAGACUUAUAGGCUUGCGUUCACAACAGCUCUUCUGUCACAUCACUCCGCAAUGCAUAUAGCUGGCCAUCUCCCUCCGUCUCCUGUUUACGCAAUGCUAACCUACUUUAACAAUGUCUGUCAGCAGGCUCUAAGGCUUCAACUGUGUCGGUGUCACCUGUUUUUCAACCUUUUCAUGAUUGUAAAUAAGUGUAAAAUUGUAUGUACAUGACCCUUUCAUAAGAUUUCUCACGUUCCCACACUGGAAACAGAGGAAUUGGCAUAACACUUCAUAAUGGCUUUGGUCGUUAUUAGUUGAGGGAUCUAAAGAUAUUUCCUUGGCCUUUUUUUCUUUCUUUUCACAACUCUGGUUAUAAACACACCUUAAACAAUGGUCAUAAAGGACCUUAAACAAUGUCUGAUGACUUGGAUGCAUAUGCCAAGCUAGCUUGUUGGCAUAGAGAGCACUUUAAACUUGUAUGGGUUAAGGAAUGUACUGGGUCCUGUGGAUGGUGAGGUGCUGGAAUCGCGUGUAAUGUUGCAAUCCAUACGAAACCUGUACAGCAUGGUCCCUAUUGGUGUUCACCAGCAUGAGGGCAAGGACAAAAAAAAAAAAAAAAAACACAACUGUGAAGUGACUUCUCACUUUGAUUCCUGUGCAUUUCAUUUGUUUGGGAAGUAUAUUGCUUUUACUGAAUAUGUUUUUUGUACAAUAUUAUGGUUUGAGUAUUUUUUAAUCUAGCUGAUAUACAGUAUACAGACAUUUCCUCUAGCAAUAGUCUUCCUAUUAAAAAUAUGCUGUCCUCAUGCAUCCCUCGACAAACAAAAAUAUGACAUAUAAAUAUGAUAUAUACUUAAAUGAUAUUAUAUAUGAUAAAUCUGCAAACUGAUUUUCAUAAUAAAAUGGUAUUAAAAUUCACAU